AUGUGGUAUCAGAUCAACCGAUUCCACCUUUGCGCCUUCUUCACAUGGCAAUUCGUCAACUUUUUUGCCGGACAGAACAUAUUCGGCAUAUAUUCGAACAACGUUCCGAAAUGGAAGUGCGGCAACGCGGAGCCGACGAAGAACUGCGAUGUGUACCGGUUGUGUCCGAAAGGAAACUUGACUUUCGUUGAUCCGAUAUUCAAUUCGGCCGCCAUGGAGUGAGUUCUGAUUGCAAUUUCACGGAAAGUUUGAAUGAUUUCACAGAUUCGACUGGGUCUGUGGAUCCUCCGUCUACUACCAAUCCUUCUUUUCCCAAAUGCAAUACCUCGGAGUGCUCAUCGGUACUUUUCUCUUUGGAUCUCUUUCGGAUAGAUUCGGAAGGAAACCUAUUGGAAUACUGGGAAUGUCUUUGGCAAUCUGCUCAACAUUCGCGAGCGGAAUGUCACCAAACAGACACAUUCUGUUUAUAUUGAGGUACAUCCAGCUGAAUAUUUCAGAAAGAAUAGGAAGGUUCCAGGUUCUUCGUGGGUCUCUCCAUCGGGGGAAUGCUCGUUGUGAUCUGUGCCUGGAUCAUGGAAGUGAUCCUUCCUCAGCAAAGAAUGGUCCUCCGCGGUUUCUUCAAUUGGGGAUGGACCCGUGUUUUCCUCACUGCCAUCUGCUACUUCACUCGCGAAUGGAGACUCGCCUCGUUCGUCAGUGCUCUUUGUUUAAUUCCAGCUCUGUUCCUCAUCAUCUUCAUCAUUCCGGAAUCACCGACAUGGUUGCACAAUAAGGUGAUUCUAGAUCAAAGUACGUUCCUACAGAACUUUAUAGGGUUUGAAAGCUCGAAUGGUUCUAAGCGAGGUCCACAUGGCUCGGAUCGCCGGAGUCCCUUACGAGCCCGUAGAGCAUACGACCGUUCGGCCCAAAACUUUUACGGAAACGCUCAAAACGAAAGGGCUUUUCAAGAAGCUAUUCAUUCUGUGGAUCAUGUGGUUUAUUGUUUCAAUUUGCGGAUUCGCCAAUGAUCUCAAUUCGAAUACACUGGCUGGGGACCUUUAUUUGAAUCAAGUUCUGUUUGGAAUUCUUCUGGUUUUCUCUAAAAUGCUACUUCUAUUUGUUGACACACAGUUCAAAAACUUUAAAAGGAGAACUCUGCAUCAGGGAUCGCAAGUAGGAACAAUCAUCUGUUUCGUACUUCUCACCGUUUUCCUUCUCAAUGACUAUCAUGUGAGUGUCUCCGAAGUGUUUCACUACCCCUAAAUACCUGGUCAGGGCGUCGGCUUCCUUUUCAUUUACCUACUCGGAACGGCAUUCAUCGAGUACACGUGGGAUGCGUGUUAUCUGUGUGCCAUCGAAUCCAUGGAGACUUCCACGAGGGCCAGUGCCACCGGAUCCUGCUCUCUCAUGGCGAGAGUUGGAAGCAUCCUCGCUCCAUUCCUCACUUAUGCGAACACUUGGUGGCCGCCCGCCGUCUACGUUACCGUCAUUGCGCUGGGAUUCAUCAAUCUGCUCGUUUCUUUCUUCUUUUUGGUAAGUUGAACAAGCUUCGGCACGGAGCAUGUCAUUCGCAUUCAGCAAGAAACAAAGAACGUCAACCUGGACGAAGUGCAUGUGGACGCGGAAGAAAGAGAGCCGGAAGUGAUGCCAAUGAUUCAGAAAGUUAGAGCAUAG